AACACUGUUUUUCCUGUAAAAGGCCCCCAAAAGGCCCCCAAAGUUCUCAGAAUUAGUGCGAAAAAAUACCUCAAGAUGCCUGCCGCAACAACCCCCACGGCGGCAACACCCGAGAAGGAGGAUAACCUCUGGAUUGGGCUCAAACACUACAUAAUGCACGAGCGGCAGCUCAAGAAGCAAGAACUCGAAGCCGAGGUGGAGGAGGAACGUCUGCGGAAGGAACGUGAAGCACGUGAGCGUCAGGAUGUGAUGACGUUGGGUGAAACGAGAGAGCAAAUUCAGAUUCUUGAUACGAAACUGCAGGAGUUGAAGAAUAAGAAACAGGAGCUUUUUCUCAAGUUGAAAAUUGUCCUGAAUCAGGAUGAGAUCCGGAAGAAGCAUCAGCAACAAAUGGAGACUAUUGAGACGCUAAAGGCAGUGGUGCAGAGUGGUCAUCCACCACAGCCGGGAACUCAUGCACAGCUCUUUAUGCCACCCCGGACACUUCAUCAGCAGGCUCUUAUCCCCAAGAUGCAACAAGCCGGUCCACCAGUUGGCGUCCAAGGAGGUCAGGUGAAGCGCCCACGAAGUCCAUCUCCAACUGCUCCACAGCAGGGUUACUACAAGACCAACAGCAACCAGUCCUAUUCACAUCCAAUAAAAAUUGAAGAGGGCCGCCGAACUGGAGAUGUGAUGGGCAGAGCCGUCCUAUGGAACAAACCUACGCAGCAGUAUACGAAUGCCCCAGGAACGCUAUUCUUCCCGACAAAUCAGAAUCCUUCAGAGACACGGAAUCAAUCAAUCAUCUAUCCUAACUAUACUGCGAAUCUCAGCAUACCGCAGCAGAAUCUUCGUCAGGGCUACCACGUGGAGAUGGGCCAACCGGGUCAGGGGCAAAUCAAAGGUGAGAUGACGGUGAAGCCAAUUGCAUCGGCCCAGUCGCAGCAGCAGCAACAACAACAGCGGAAUCAUCAGAGCCAAGUGACACUUGAGAAGAUUCCAGAGAGGGGCCAAGCACAGGGGCCAACUUACCAUCAUGACGAGCGCAAGGAUAUUCGGGCACCACCUCCGGGGAUUGUUUACACCACACAACCAAUGCGUCCCGGACAGAUGCCGAUGCCGUAUCAGCAGCAGCAGCCGAAACCGCACUACUCGCGACACCGCUACUAAAACAAACAACAAAGUUAGCUAUAAUUGGGCUUUACAAAAGAAAAUAUGAAGAUUUACUAUUUAAGGAAUAAAAUAUUAUACGUACUCAAA